UCAUCAGUGCCGUCUUCAACAGAAGAAGUAAAACAGCCAUUUGAAACCUUGCAUUAGCUCUCAUCAAUGCAAUGAUCAAGUUCAUGUAAAUGGACCUAUUGACAAUUUGAUGAGUUGGGCGGGCUCAGCGCCGUUAACGAUUAUUUCCCUGUGUUAAUCAAUACCCAGCAUUAUCACGGAAUACACUUAGUUCUGGAGAACUGAACCGACUGAAACUGUAGGGUUGACAGUUCUGGAAAGGUUAAGGAGAACGGGCGUGCAAAUUGACAACCUCCAUGGCAUAUGUAAGUACGGUGCAAGUUGAUAGGCCAUUCUCUUCUGUGUUGUUGUCCGAUGUCAAUGUAAAGAUACAAGUACGGUGGAUUAAUACCGUCAAGACAUUCAUUCUUUUGAAAGGCAGAGUGACGGAGGUUUCACCAUGUCCAACACAACAGAUGGUUCUUCAAUCAUCCUUUUCUGGACAUUUAAUGACCGUGAAAUAACACUUGUGACGUUUAUUGUCAACAUCGUCAUAUUCAUUAUCGGGUUUUUGGCCUUGUCAUUGAACGCUAUCGUACUGGACACUUUAGUGAAGAGAGGGAAUCUGGAACCAACGGAUCUUGUGAUGUGCCACCUUGCCGUCACCGACAUGCUCACCGGUGUCCUCAUCAUCCACACUGUCGGAUACAACAUCAUCUACUUUCAAAACGACCUCGAAUGCCUCAUUCGCAUAGGAGCAGUAUUCAUUUUUAUCUCAGGAUCUGUUUACCAUCUGGCCCUCCUGACAGUGGAUAGGUUCGUGAAGAUUGUCUUCCCCUACCGUUACCAGGAUGUCAUGACCAGGAAGUCCGUGUCCAUCAUGUCGGCGGCCAUCUGGGUGUUCUCCGUCAACCUCGGCCUCCUUCCUUCCUAUGGCUGGAGAUACUAUCCGCCGCCAUCAGAACCACCUUGUUCCUUUCUUGGUGUUUUGCACACAGGGUUUCUUCGGUUUGGACUUGUGGUGUUUCUUCUUCCGGUUUUUGUAAUUGCCAUUCUGUAUUCGAAGAUCUUCUUGGUAGCCAGACGACACGCACGUGCUAUUGCCGCCACGGACGUUGCUGGUAAGAACGAUUCCAGCAGCAUGAAAUUUACAAAGACCGUCGUUAUUCUGAUCGGAACGUACCUCGUCUCAUUUCUGCCAAUGGAGAAAUGUUUGCCAGACUUUAAGAUCUUCUUUCACUCCCCUGGUAAUCCUGACGCGAUGAUACGGUUUUACCUGACCCUUGAUUGCGUGAUACAGGUGCUACCCGCUAGGGUAGCACGUGUAAUGAACUGGAGUCUCCCCACCAAUGAUUGCACCUCCACAACCUGUAUUUUCCUUCUGCUGGACGUGAGGAUUGCUUGUAUCUGCCUGGUGACCUCUGGUAUCUUCUCCGCCGGUAUUGUCACCUCCAUAGCUACAGUGUCGGUCGUCAAGUCCAAAAAUGUGAUUGUGGUGGACGGUCCGACAGUUUUGUCAUUUGCAGUCGGUAGAAAGUUUAAGUAA